CAUUGCAUUGUUCGCAGGGCUCACGAGACCACACAGACAACGAUGACGAGCGCAGACCAAGCUGAAUGAGCGUCUUUUGGGUUACAGGAAGCACGUCGCUGCGGCAAUUGGGUCGUACUCAAGGUCUUGUACAGGCGAGAUGCGGACUUGUAGGACUCAGCACGGCUGCUUUACGGGUCGAUACGGGUCAUCGGCCUCGAUUGCUCCAGAGCUCGACAUUCGCUCCCUCGCCAGUCCUAUCCGCCAAGAAGCGAUCGACGUCCAGAGUGAAUAGAACUCGUAGCCUCCGUGUGCAGCCUAGAUUCUCUCAACCGCCUCACCCAGACUCGGUGAGAUCUCAACCACCUCCGCCAUCCACAUAUCCAUCUGCGCCAGCACGACCUUCCCCAGCCUCAAACUCGCCACUAGAAAGGCCGCCAUCGAUUCCCCUUUCUCGCCUAGCACCAUCACCGUUACAUGCUGCUAGGUCUCAGCCUCCUCUGCGGCCAUUAUCUCCCUUCUUGGACCAAGCCCGACAGACCGCUGGAGGAGACCGCUUUAGUUCAGAUCACACUUGGGUCAUCUUUACCUUCAUCGGCCUCAAUGCAGUAGUCUUCGCUGCAUGGUCAUAUGCCGUGCAUGAAGCUCGACAGCGCCAGGAUAUUGCACCCUAUCUUUUCAUGCGUCGGAAUUUCACAUCGGGAGAGCUCAACCUUGGCGCAGGACGAUGGUGGACGCUCGUCACUUCAUGUAUCUCGCACGAGGAUACGGCACACUUUGCCAUGAACAUGGUCAGCUUCUUCUUCAUGGCCCCACCUGUGCUUGCCCUGGUAGGCCCCAUGACAUUCACGGGCCUGUACUUUGGUGCGGGCAUCAUCAGCAGUACCAUCUCCAUUGCUUGGAGAAAGUACAUGAACCCUUGGAUCAACCGCACGCCAAAGGACUUCGCAGGAAAGCCUCUUGUCGCAACUUCUUCGCAUGGGGCAAGCGGUGAGUCGCACCAUUUCCAUCCCCUAGCAUUCGGUCUUGCCCUUUUCUCACUGUCCUUCUUGUCCCUCUCCUUCUUGCCUUAAGGUUCGAUCUAUGCGGUCAUGUCGGCUUUUGCCUGUCUCAUGCCACGAACCACCUUCCUUCUCUUUUUCGUCGUACCAAUGCCUGCCUGGGUCGUGGUCCCAGGCAUCUUGAGCUACGACCUCUAC